AUGUCACAGCGGGGGCAAGAGGAUGGGGAGGCUGGUGCUAGCAGCAUUGAUCUGCCAGCAACACCUUCAUCGAAUUACCAGCCACCUGACGAUGAUGAGAUCUCUCGACCUUCAUCAUCGUCUACACAACUUAGUCCCAUUGAGACCCAUCCUCCAGUAAAAUGUCAAUGGUGCCAAGAGGAGUUUCUAUUUACUACCUCAGAUCAAAUAUUACCCAAAGAAGCUCUUGAGGAGCACAUUAAUAGUGCACAUCCAGAUGUCUCUAGCCAUGCUAAAAAUAAUGUCAUUCACAAAACUUCCGUCACGGACGGUGUCCGGUCUGCCCCUGCAGAAAGCAGCCCGCCGAAACGCGGGCAAAGGGACUUGGGCGUUGAACAGCGUAUUCAAUUAGGAUGGAAAAUCAAUGAUGUGAAGAGUUUUACCAAUGACUACCUUGGAGAAAAGGACGAUCUUGACACUGUAUGGAGAAGACUGUUUGAUGGCUUUGAACGACCUAAACCCUAUGAAUUUGAGCAUACCGACUCUGGCGACUUUCUACCGAUUACCGAUCCUGAGAUUUACAUUGACUUGCUUAAAGCCCCUGAAUCCCAUUCCACAGACGAGCUUUACACGAUCACAGCAAAUGCGGCCAAGGCCCUGGAAGUUUGGCAAGAUGAAUACAUUGCCAUUAACGAAUUGACCAGGUUGGCCACUCGGCGGGCGAUGAAGAAGGCAGUUGAUCCACGAAAACCCGAAGAUCCGGAUGUUUUUGAAGAUAAGAAAGAAGCCAGGCUGUACGGGUACAAAUAUGAUGCUCGCCCGAGCAAAGUUGGUUGUCAAAACCCGUUCCUCCAGGGAGGAUUCAAGCCAACAGCAGAACAAAUGAAGAAAAUGAAAGCGGCUGCUGCUGAUCCAUAUAACGUUGACGGCUGGACUCCAGUUAUGAAGGAUGGAGUGGCCUACGUGCCGAGAAUACGACCACCACCUCCUCCAGAGCCCAAACGCAAGGCAGGUACUGUAGCUACAGGAGAGGUUGAACAGAGACGACAUGGCAAGAGAAUCACACGCUACGGGGGUUCCAGAAAUCCAACUACUCGAGAAGGAUCUCGAGCCUUAACAGAGCGCUCCAGUCCAACUCCGUCCAUUCGAACUCGCACCCAAUCUCCUGAGGCACCUGAUUCCCCCAGAUCUUCAUACAAUGACCGAUCAAGAAGGAAAACUCGUUCCGGCGCAUAUCAGAGACCAGCGGAUCUAGCUACAAAAUCUACACGUUCUCGCGCGACAAAGCCAUCUGCACUUGGGCCAAAUCGUACCCGUACCGCUCCUACAAGUGCUCCUCCGACUGGCCUUACCACAACGGCAACAACCCCUGCUUCUACACCAACACCAGGCUCAAAUACUCCGGUAUAUGAUGAUCCUUGCCAGGAUCCAAAAAAUCAGGAGAAAAUCAGGCAGUCUAAACAUCCGAAGAGGACGGAAGCUAUGAUUCGCCACUGGGCAAAAUUCAACUCGGAAGGCCGAACGCGGAACCCGAAAAGAACAAAGGCUCAGAUCGAAGCAGACAGGGCCGCUCAGGCUGCAACCGCUCCAGUAAAAAAACGGAAGCUUGAAGCUGACAAUGGACAAGCCAGUACUGCGGCAUCCUCCCCAAUGCCUAAACGACAAAGACGGCCAGCGACGAAGCUCGGAACUUUUUCUGAAAUGGGCUCACCAACGUCUGAACCUUCUAUGCAGGUAGGAGACAUAGUUCCCCACUUUCAGAGAAUCCGACCGGCUGCUCGCGUUGCAAAAUCGCCUGCACCACAACUCGCAGAAAAUGGGCUCUGA